CUCUAUAUUGAGAGAGUGUGUGUGUGUGUUCUCAAACAAAUCUAGAGCAACCCAUUUUGUUGCUCUUCCAUUUUCCCAUUCCUUUCUCCAUUCAAUGGUUUUUGUUUAGUUUUCUUCUUCAAUCUCUCUUUCUCUCUCUCUCAAUUCCCUAUUUUUUUUUUUCACUAACAAACUCUUUUUUUUUCAUUUCCCCUUUUUCCAUUCCUUAUUUCCUUCUUCUCUCUCUUGGUUUUUUCUGCACAAUCCGCAAAACCAGCUGAAUCAGCUAACACUGGUUCAAGAGCCUCAGGAAGAAAAGGCCUUUACUCGCAAUUAUGGCGGGAGAAACAUCAUGGGUCAGUCACUUCUACGAUGACUCGCGAAGGGAGAUUAAGGACUGGGAUUCAUUUUCAGAAGUUGGCGAGGAAGGUGACAAAGAAGUAGCAGCUGUUUCUGUGGACAGUAUUUUGCCGGACGAAUUGGUGGAACGGAUCUUAGCCUAUCUGCCGGUUGCUAGCAUUUUCAGAGCUGGUUCUGUGUGCAAAAGAUGGUAUGAGAUCGUCACUUCCGGAAGGUUUUUAUGGAACCUGUCCCAUGUGCUACCACAGAAACCUUGGUACUUCAUGUUCACUAAUUCUGAUGAACCAACUGGUUAUGCUUAUGAUCCCAUCCUUCGGAAAUGGUACAACAUUGAACUACCCUGCAUCGACAAUUCUAACUGGUUCAUUGCUUCGUCGCAUGGUUUAGUUUGCUUCAUGGACAAUGGAAGCAGAAGCGAAUUGUGCAUGUGUAACCCCAUUACUAAAAGAUGCAGGAAGCUCCAGGAGCCUUCGGGUUUUCCCUUUUCUGAUUACAGUGCAUUAGCAAUGUCUGUCAACCGGGAAUCCCACAAAUAUACCGUAGCAAUCGUAAAAUCUAGGCAAGUCCCGGAUAACUUUUUCAUGUGGGAUAUCUCGAUUCAUUUAUACAAUUCAGAGAAUGCGACCUGGGCAACGGCUUUAACUGAGAUUUUGCUGGGGUGGAGAGGUGGCGAUGAGAGUGUGAUAUGCAAUGGCGUGCUUUACUUUUUAGUUUACUCAACUGGGGGUGGCAUACCGGACAGUCGUCAUGCUCUUAUCUCAUAUAACAUCUCCAACCGAUCUUCGCAAGGCAGCUUGAGAAGGAACUUCAUUCCGGUUCCUUGCUCUCUAACAUGCGGCCGUCUGAUGAAUCUGAAGGAGAAGCUUGUAAUGGUGGGAGGGAUCGGUAAGCAAGAUCGCCCCGACAUCAUUAAAGGAAUUGGAAUCUGGGUUCUAAAUGAUCAGAAGUGGGAAGAGAUUGUUCGAAUGCCCCACAAAUACUUCCAAGGCUUCGGCGAGUUGGAUGAUGUUUUCGCGAGCAGUGGAACAGACGAUAUAAUCUACAUUCAAAGUUAUGGAUCUCCAGCACUUCUGACAUACGACAUGAACAUCAAACAAUGGAAAUGGUCACAGAAAUGCCCUGUUUUGAAGAGGUUCCCGCUGCAGCUCUUCACUGGUUUUUGCUUUGAGCCUAGGCUUGAAAUUUCUCCAUAGCUUUCUCUGAUUCUCUCCAAUACAACAAUCACAAGCUGCUGUUGACUCUCUGUGUCUAUGAUUUUCUGCCAUUUUUACUCUUAAUAUGAUUUCUGUGUUCUUAACAAUCCAUACACAGUGUACUUGCUGAUCAAGUUGGUUAUUCAGGAUAUUGGAAUAUUAUUACAGCAUCUUAAAAAUACAAGAGAUUUCUUACACCA